AACUCGUGCAGGGUUUAAGCUUACUACUCCAUCUGAAUUUCUCUAUUUUUAAGGGUGAAAUUUCUUGUUGGCUCAAGCCAGAAGCACACCAGUCUCCUCCCAUCCAUGAAUGAUCAAAGAAACCCUUAAAUUCUUCUCUAUCUUGCAAAAAACCUCGCAGUCGCCAAGUCCCGUUGCCUGCAACUAUCAUCUCCAUAACCUCGCUAAAGCAAGCUGCGGUGCUCUAUCCCUAAAAAUCCUCUCUUAUUUUCUCCACAAAGGUUACAAUCCUCACGCUUCUUCUUUUAACUCAGUUAUCUCCUUUCUGUGCAAAUUAGGACACGUUAACUAUGCUCAAAAUCUUGUAAGUUUAAUGCCGGUAUAUGGGUCUCUGCCUGAUAUCGUAACGUACAACUCGCUGAUUGAUGGCUAUUGUCGGCGAGAUGAUGUUAGGAGUGCUUGUAUUUUGAUGGAUACGAUUAGGGCGAGUGAUCAAUUUAUGUUUAAGCCGGAUUUAGUUACGUUUAACAUAUUAUUUAAUGGGUUCUGUAAGCUGAAAAUGAGGUAUGAAGUGUUUGUGUAUAUGAGUUUGAUGUUGAAGUGUUAUCUUCCGAAUGUAGUUACCUACAGCACUUGGAUUGAUAUGUUCUGUAAAUGGGGAGAUUUGUGUAUGGGGUUUAAUGUGUUUAAAGAUAUGAGGAGAGCUGGGGUUUUGCCAAAUUUGGUUUCAUAUACUUGUUUGAUUGAUGGCUAUUGCAAGAUUGGUAAUUUGGAAGUUGCAUUUAGAUUAUAUGAAGAAAUGAUAAAGGCUUCUUUUUUGCCAAAUGUUGUUACUUAUACAGCUUUGAUUGAUGGUCUAUGCAAACAAGGUAUGAUGGAAAAAGCGGAGUGUGUGUUCUCAAAAAUGUUAAAAGAUGGAGUUGAAUUCAAUUCUGUUGUUUAUACUUCCAUGAUUGGUGGAUACUUUAAGAAAGGUGAUGUCAAUGAUGCCAUGAAGUGCUUGAGUGAAAUGUCUGAUAAGGAUAUACCUCUUGAUAUGCCAGCAUAUGGUGCUGUUGUAGCAGGUCUUUGCAUUAAUGGUAAGCUACAUAAAGCAAUUGAGUUCCUGGAAGAUAUGGUACAGAGCGGACUGGUUCCUGAUGGGAUGGUGUUAACAACAAUAAUGGAUGCAUAUUUUAAGUCUGGGAACUUGAAGGGGGCAUUAGAUGUGUAUAAGAUGUUGCUGCAUAAGGGUUUUGAGCCUGAUGUCGUGACUCUUUCAAGCUUGAUGGAUGGUCUCUGCAAACAUGGACAUCUUUGUGAGGCUAAAGGUUAUUUCUGCAAAGAAAAAUCUAACAAAAUUUCAUAUACUGUACUAAUUGAUGGGAUGUGCAAGGCAGGAGAGUUAAGUGAAGUUGAGAAGGUUGUCAGAGAGAUGUCAGAGGCAGGAUUUACCCCAGACAAGUAUGUAUAUACUUCUUGGAUUGCCGGUCUAUGUAAGCAAGGGAAUUUGGCAGAUGCAUUUAAGUUGAAGAAUAAAAUGGUUCAAGAAGGUCUGGAACCAGAUCUGUUAACUUACAGCUCACUGAUUUUUGGUUUAGUUUCUAAAGGUUUAAUGAUUGAAGCAAAACAUGUUUUUGAUGUUAUUUUGAAGAAGGGAUUGACUCCAGAUUCUGCAGUUUUUGAUAUUCUGAUUAGAGGAUAUCUCAAGGAGAGUAACACACUAGCUGUUUCCGAUUUGCUCAAGGAAAUGAGAAAGAGAAGACUCAUAACUGCAGUUAGCGGAUUACUUGGAAACGAAGGUAAUAACUGAAAGAGCCUUUGGGAGAACCAAAAAGUUAUGUAUUUGGGUUGGCACUGACACACAAGGCUCGAAGCCUCCCGAUAAAGUCCGCUUCGGUUGCAAUGAUCUUGUCCCUUACUGGGCACUGGUUGCUUGCGGCUGCAAUGUGUAGAAAAAUAUACUGGAUGCAUGUCUGAUGCAGAAGAUCUUGCGACUAGUCAAGGUUAAAAGGGUCAGAUUACUGUAAUUCCAUUUUCAUGGGAAGCAAAGUAGAGGUGAUGCAGCUGACCUCAGUCUAUUGCCCUGAAUAAUUUGUUGGACAAAUUGAUUUGCUGUCCCCAUUUCUUGGCAUUUUUAGGUGAUUAGAACUUUCCUAAGAAGGAAUGAAAGAUGCAUGAGGUUGUGCAUACAUAUACACCAGACAGUUAAUUCACUUUUUUCAAUGUGUACCUUUUUAAGAAAAUACAGGAAGAAGAUGAUGUUGGUACUAUUGAGCCAUAUGAUGAAGCUUUUGGGGGUAUCAUAAGACAAAAUAAGCAGGGUAAAAUGUUUUGGAAAAUUGUUGGGGAAAUGACAAGCAAGGUGAAUGGACAUGUCUCUCUGCCUGUCGAGCAUAUUGCUGGGAGAUGGCAUCUGUAAUUUUUUCACUGUAUACUUGUAGAUUAGUAUUUUAGUCACAGAAUUAUGAAAGUACACUACCCAUUUUACAGGGUGUAAUGGCCA